AUGAACACUUCCAUGGUCAAGUCAAAGUUCCUCUCGAACCCAGAGGACAUUGGCGUAGUCGCCGUUGGCUUCUCGGGUGGUCAGUGCAAGCCUGGUGUGGACGCUGCUCCCAAGGCCCUGAUCGAGGCCGGUCUUCUUUCACAAUUGCGAGACGAGCUCAACUACAAGCUCCACGGCGAUGACGAGGUACACUUGUACACGGACCUGAUGCCCAAGGAGGACCCGCCGUUCCGCAACAUGAAGAACCCAAAGGCCGUCAGCAACGUGACCGAGAAGCUCUGCGACCAGGUCUACGCGCAGGCCCGCGAGGGCAGAAUGGUCCUGACCCUGGGCGGCGACCACUCGAUCGCCAUCGGCACCAUUGCCGGCACGGCCAAGGCCAUCCGCGAGCGCCUCAACCGCGAGGUCGCCGUCAUCUGGGUCGACGCCCACGCCGACAUCAACACGCCCGAGUCGAGCGACUCGGGCAACGUCCACGGCAUGCCCGUGGCCUUUGUGACGGGCCUCGCCAAGGAGGACAAGCGCGAGUACUUUGGCUGGCUCAAGGAGGAGCACAUGCUCAACCUCAACAAGCUGGUGUACAUUGGUCUCCGUGACGUCGACCCCGGUGAGAAGCGCAUCCUCCGCGAGAAUGGCAUCAAGGCCUUUAGCAUGUUUGAUGUUGACAAGUACGGAAUCGGCCGUGUCGUUGAGAUGGCGCUCGCACACAUUGGCAACGAUACCCCGAUCCACCUGUCCUUUGACGUUGACGCCCUCGACCCCAUGUGGGCUCCUAGCACGGGUACACCGGUGCGUGGAGGCUUGACCUUGCGAGAGGGCGACUUUAUCUGCGAGAGCGUGCACCAGACGGGCAGCCUGGUGGCCAUUGACCUGGUCGAAGUCAACCCGAGUCUGGCUAUUGAUCACGUCGGCGCGUCGGAGACGGUUCGGGCAGGUUGCUCGCUCGUCAGAUGUGCAUUGGGAGAGUCGCUGUUGUAA